AUGGGACCAGCCAACCAAACACAUAUCUCUGAAUUCCUCCUUCUAGGAUUUUCCGAGAAGCCAGAGCAUCAGCUGCCCUUCUUUGGGCUCUUUCUGGGCAUAUACUUGAUCGCCGUGGGUGGGAACCUUCUCAUCAUGCUGACCAUUGCUUCUGACUCCCACCUCCACACCCCCAUGUACUUCUUCCUCUCCAACCUGUCCUUAGUGGAUCUCUGUCUGGUAUCUACCUUGGUCCCCAAGAUGCUGGUGAACCUCCUUACUCAUAGUAAGGCCAUCUCCUAUGCUGGCUGCCUCACCCAGAUGUAUUUCUUCAUGGUUUUUGCUUGUUCAGACAACUUACUCCUCGCUGUGAUGGCCUAUGACCGCUUUGUGGCCAUCUGUCACCCUCUGAGUUAUGUGACCAUCAUGAGUCCACAAUUCUGUGGCCUGCUGGUUUUACUUUCCUGGAUGAUCAGUGUUCUAAAUGCAUUGAUCCAUAGUCUAUUGGUGAUGAGACUGUCAUUCUGUACAGAACAUGAAAUUACACACUUUUACUGUGAUCUUACUCCGGUUCUCAAGCUCUCCUGUACAGAUACCCUCAUCAAUAACAUUUUGGUGUAUUUAACAACUGGACUUCUGGGUGCUCUUCCCUUUGCAGGGAUCCUUUUCUCUUAUACUCAGAUCUGUUCUUCCAUAAUGAGGGUUCCAUCCACUGGGGGAAAGUAUAAAGCAUUUUCUACCUGUGGGUCUCACCUCUGUGUGGUUUCAUUAUUCUAUGGAACAGUUCUUGGAGUAUAUCUGAGUUCCUCAGUUACCCAGUCUUCUUCAAAGAGGUCAGUUGCCUCAGUGAUGUAUACGGUGGUCACUCCCAUGUUGAAUCCCUUCAUUUAUAGCCUGAGGAACAAGGACAUAAAGGAUGCCCUGAGAAGACUCAUUAGCAGAACUACCUCCUUUCAGUAA